AUGAAGGAAGAGAAGUGGGAGACUCCAGGGUUCAGAGUCACUGCGGUGGACUGGCAGUGGCCGAGGAAUGGUAUUGCCCACCACACCCAGGAGUACCCAGGCCCUGAGCUGGUGGUUCGCAGGGGCCAGAUGUUCACUUUCAUACUGGAGCUGAAUCGCCCCCUGGACAGCAAGGAAACGCUUGUCUUCACAGCCGAGACAGGACCCCAGGCUUCUGAGGCUCUCCACACCAAAGUCGUGUUCCAUACAUCAGAGCCGGAGGCGGAGCGGGGAGAUGCCUGGACAGCAGUAAAGGAGGCUCAGACGAAGAACACAGUGACUGUCAGCCUCACCAGCCCUCCCAGUGCCAUCAUUGGCCGUUACCUGCUGAGUGCCAGGGUUUCCUCUCUCCGCAAACGCAGUAACCGGAAGCUGGGCGAGUUUGUUCUUCUUUUCAACCCAUGGUGCCCAGAGGAUGACGUGUUUCUGGCCUCAGAGGAGGAGAGACAGGAGUACGUGCUCAAUGACAACGGGAUCAUCUUCCGAGGCGUGGAGAAGCGCAUCCGAGCCCAAGGCUGGAACUUCGGGCAGUUUGAGGAGGACAUCCUGAACAUUUGCCUCUCAAUCCUGGACCGAAGCCCCAGUCACCAAGACGACCCAGCCACCGAUGUGUCCUGCCGUCACGACCCCAUCUAUGUCACCAGGGUCAUCAGCGCCAUGGUGAACAGCAACAAUGACCGGGGUGUGGUUCAAGGCCAGUGGCAGGGCAAGUACGGCGGCGGUACCAGCCCACUGCACUGGCGUGGCAGCGUGGCCAUUCUGCACAAGUGGUUCAAGGGCAGGUUCAAGCCAGUCAAAUAUGGCCAAUGCUGGGUCUUCGCUGGAGUCAUGUGCACAGUCCUUAGGUGCUUGGGGAUCGCCACAAGGGUCGUGUCCAACUUUAACUCGGCCCAUGACACGGACAGGAACUUGAGUGUAGACAAAUACGUGGACUCCUUUGGGCGGACCCUGGAAGACCUGACAGAAGACAGCAUGUGGAAUUUCCAUGUCUGGAAUGAGAGCUGGUUUGCCCGGCAGGACUUGGGCUCCUCUUACAAUGGCUGGCAGGUUCUGGAUGCCACUCCCCAGGAGGAGAGCGAAGGAGUGUUCCGGUGUGGCCCGGCCUCAGUCACUGCCAUCCGUGAAGGUGACGUGCACCUGGCCCACGAUGGCCCCUUUGUGUUUGCGGAGGUCAACGCAGAUUACAUCACCUGGCUCUGGAAUGAGGAUGAGAGCCGGGAGCGUGUAUACUCAGACACGAAGAAGAUCGGGAGGUGCAUCAGCACCAAGGCGGUGGGCAGCGAUUCCCGCGUGGACAUCACCGGCCUCUACAAGUAUCCGGAAGGGUCCAAGAAGGAGAGGCAGGUGUAUAGCAAAGCUGUGAGGAAGCUAUUCAGCGUGGAAGCCUCUGGGAGGAGGGCCCGGGUCCGCAGGGGCGGCAGCCGUGGUGUCUGGCGUGAUGACCUCCUGGAGCCCGCCACCAAGCCCAGCAUCACUGGCAAGUUCAAGGUACUGGAGCCACCCAUGCUGGGCCACAACCUGAAGCUGGCCCUGUGCUUGACCAACCUCACCUCCAGGGCCCAGCGGGUCCGAGUCAACCUGAGUGGUGCCACCAUCCUCUACACCCGCAGGCCAGUGGCAGAGAUCCUGCACGAAUCCCACACAAUGCGACUGGGGCCGGAAGAAGAGAAAAAGAUCCCAAUCACAAUAUCUUACUCUCAAUAUAAAAAAGACCUGACAGAGGACAAGAAGAUUCUGUUGGCUGCCAUGUGCCUUGUCACCGAAGGAGAGAAGCUCUUGGUAGAGAAAGACAUCACUCUGGAGGACUUCAUCAACAUCAAGGUGCUGGGCCCAGCCGUGGUGGGGGUGGCAGUUGCGGUGGAAGUGAUGGUGGUCAACCCCAUCUCGGAGAGAGUGGAGCACUGUAUGCUGAUGGUGGAGGGCAGCGGCCUUCUCCAGGGACAGCUCAGCAUUGAUGUGCCCAGCCUAGAGCCCCAGGAGAAGGCCUUGGUUCAGUUCAACAUCACCCCCUCCAAGAGUGGCCCAAGGCAGCUGCAGGUGGACUUUGUCAGCCCCCACUUCUCAGACAUCAAGGGAUUUGUGACCAUCCACGUGGCCACAGCCAAAUGAUGGGCCACAAAGGACUGAGAGGGGAAGAGCUGGCUCCAUUCCCCUCCUGUCUACCUCCUUGCCCCUCCCAUGUGGGAGCCAGAGGCCU